AUGUCCUCCAAGAUUUUUGAGCCGCUACGCAUCGGCCGUAUUACGUUGAAUCACCGAGUGGUCAUGGCACCUCUUACGAGGCUCAGAGCGAAUGACUCUCACGUCCCCGAACCCAUGUCAGCAGAGUAUUAUGCUCAGCGGGCCUCUGUUCCAGGCACUUUUUUGAUUGCCGAAGCUACACUCAUAUCUGCUCGUGGCGGUGGCGGCAGUCACGCGCCCGGUUUAUAUACGGACGAGCAAGUUCGAGGAUGGAAGCAGAUUACCGAUGCUGUUCAUGCAAAAGGCAGUUAUAUCUUCUGUCAGCUUGUGGCACUGGGGCGUGCCGCCGAUCCGGAAACCUUGAAAAGGGAGACUGGCCUCGAGGUGCGAGCACCGAGCUCAAUCGCCAUGGAGAAUGGCGGCAACACGCCGGAAUGUCUGACAGACAAUGAGAUUUGGAACCUUGUACAAGACUUUGCUUCGGCGGCAAAGAGAGCCAUGGAAGCAGGAUUCGAUGGCGUCGAGAUACACGGCGCCAACGGGUACCUAGUCGACCAGUUUCUUCACGAGAACAGCAAUGACAGAACAGACCAGUGGGGUGGUAGCAUCGCCAAACGGGCCAAGUUUGGACUCGAGGUUGCCAAGGCGGUUGUGCAAGCAGUAGGGCCAGACAGGGUUGGGUUCAGACUGAGUCCGUGGAAUACCUGGCAAGGGAUGGAUGCGACAGACCCAGCACCUCUGUUUUGCUACUUGAUUAAACAUGUCAAGGAAAUCGGGCUGGCAUAUUUGCACCUUAUAGAGUCCAGGGUGCUUAACAACGUUGACUGUGAAUCAGCGGGAAAUAUCAUGCCCUUUAUGGAGGAAUGGGGCUCAGCCAAGCCGGUACUAGUUGCGGGAGGAUACAACCAGGAUAACUUUGGUCAAGCUUUGGAGCGGGACUAUAAGGAUUACAAUGUCGGCGUUGUUUUUGGGAGGUAUUUUCUUGCUAAUCCCGAUUUGCCUUUCCGCCUUCGGCACGGGAUUCCUCUUCAAAAGUAUAAUCGCAGCACUUUCUACGCUGUAAUGGAAAGCAGAGGGUACACAGAUUAUUCGUUCAGUCCUGAAUUUGAACAGAAUAGGAGAGAUAACGGUAAUAGAGCGCCCCUACUUUAG